GCGAGGACUGAGGAGGCGGCGGAGCCUGGAGGCCAGAGAGCGAACCAGAAUCCGAGCGAGUUGCAUUGCUGUGGGGAAAACACCAGGACGGCGAGCUUGGAAGAAUAGGCCUCGACAUUUAUGCGCCGCUUGUUACGAGUCCGACAACUCAGUGAACCCUUGCGGUUUGCCCAACAUCCCACGGCCAACAACUAGUGGCUUCGGGAUUCAAAUGCGGUUCUGCCCUAUAUAUAUCGGGCCAUUGGCUCAAAACAUCUUCCUGCAAGUAAUAUAAGUUUUGUGCAUUUUGAUUCACAUCCAGACCUCCUUAUUCCUGUGGAUAUGCCAGCUGACACUGUAUUUGAUAAGGAAACACUUUUCGGAGAAUUAAGUAUUGAGAAUUGGAUUAUGCCUGCAGUUUAUGCUGGCCAUUUUUCUCAUGUAAUAUGGCUUCAUCCCACAUGGGCUCAGCAAAUCAGAGAAGGCAGGCAUCAUUUUUUAGUAGGCAAAGACACUUCUACCACAACAAUCAGGGUUACAAGUACAGAUCAUUACUUCCUAAGUGAUGGCCUUUAUGUAACUGAAGACCUGCUGGAGAACCCAAAACCUUUACAGUUGGAUGUAAUUAUGGUAAAACCUUAUAAACUCUGUCACAGUCAAGGAGAAGAUGAUGUAGUGUCUUCUGCUAAGAAGCCAAAGCUAGCCCUGGAGGACUCAGAGAACACUGCCUCUACUAAUGGUGACUCUUGUUCAGAAGGACUGGAAAAGGACACAGUGACACAGAGAAGGGACCACACUUGUCUACAACCAUCAUGUUCGUGUUCUUCUGAAAGCCAAGAAUGCCAGACUGCAGUUAGCACUGGAGAGAUUCUGGAAAUUUUGGAGAAAAGGGAUGCAUUUGUUUUAGAUAUUGACUUAGAUUUUUUUUCAGUCAAGAAUCCCUUCAAAGAAAUGUUCACUCAGGAGGAGUACAAAAUCUUACAAGAGCUGUACCAAUUUAAAAAGCCUGGAAGCAACCUGACAGAGGAAGAUUUGGUAGAUUGUGUUGAUAAUCGAAUUCAUCAAUUAGAAGAUUUAGAAGCUGCUUUUGCUGAUUUGUGUGAUGGCGAUGAUGAAGAAACUGUACAGAAAUGGGCUUCAAACCCUGGAAUGGAAUUACUAGGUCCACUGGUACAGAGUUUGAAAAAACGGAUGGAAGCACCGGACUAUGAAAUGGUUCACCAGGCUGGUCUAACCUGUGAUUAUUCAGAACUCCCUCACCAUAUCAGCACAGAACAAGAAAUUGAACAUCUUAUUCAGUCUUUGCAUAAUGUUCUAAAAAAUUUACCAAAACCUACUCUAGUGACAAUUGCAAGGUCAAGUCUGGAUGAUUACUGUCCUUCUGAGCAAGUUGAAACCAUUCAAGAAAAGGUCCUCAGUGUACUACGCUCCCUCUAUGGGACUCUAGACAUUCACCUGGUGUAUUCAGCAGAGUCCACUGCAUCUUGAAGCAUCACAGCACUAGGCUUCUGUUACAGCUUGAUGUAGUAACAGGGUUUUCAUUAACUUAUUUUCAAAUGAGUCUUCCAGAGAAUACCUUAAUAUUAUUGAAUAACUUUCCAUUUAAAAUUUUUCAGGUAUUUUGAAUCUCCAAACAGAUAUCACCAGUUGUUGAAUGAUGACAAAUUUUUUUGGCAUCAAGCUUACCCCUCAGUGACGGAUCUGAUGCUCAUCUUUCUUUUUAUCUGUCACUGUCAUCUUCACUUUUGUGAUGGGUUUUUCCGCUUUUCCCCGCUUCUUAGGUCGGUUGGACUACAUGAGAUUCACUCAUUCAUUUAUUCAUUCAUUCAGCCAACUGACAUUUUUUGAACUCAUACAUGUGCUGGUCAUAAUUUAGUGCUGAAUAUAUGGUUACAAACAGAAUAGACAAGGCCCCUGCCCUCCUGGUGGACAGCUAAGAAGUGUAUUAAGGAUUGUGAGACAUGUUAUAAAGGAAAGGAGAACCACAAACAUGUUUAAGUGUACUAUUAGUACUCAGGGCAUCCUGGCCUUACAGGAAAGUAACAUUCUCAAAAGCUACUACCAAAAAAAGUAAAUAAGUAAAUAAAUUAGCCAGUCCAUGAAUAUUUCCAGGAUUUAGGAUUCUGGCCCAGCUCUUAGGGAAUGCUUUCAACAUUGUUGCUGUUAAGGAGGUCUAUUUGAGUAAAUUCAAUCAAACAAAAAACAACUUUUCUUUGCUAAUCAAUAAAAUCCCCCAGGGUUUUUAUUCCUCCAGAUGGUGAGUAUGGGAGUCAAAUAACCUUAUAGUUCCUAAGUGCCACUUUAUUGGCAGUCUUGGUUGAUAGUUUUUUCAAAUAAACUAGCUUUUUAUGUAAAUAGUAGGGAAAAACUUAAGUCCUUGAUUCUGAUAUCAUAAAUACCCAAGGAUGUAACUGCCUUCCACGAGUCUCUCCAUGAGUGAGAGAGCCUACCUAAGCUACUCUUGAUCAUGAAACUUUUCGUUUACAUAAUUUGCCAAAGUCUUCCUCUCUUCAGUAUUCCUCAUGUUCAGUAAUCAUUUUUUACCUGCCUGCUUGGUUUCCUUUAAAAAGUAGGAUGUCACUUAAAGAAAAAAACCACCCAGCCCUCACUUUUAGCACAGCAGUUAUUUUCAUUUUCGCACAUAUCUUUCAAGACUUGCACAGGUGUUUCUGUUGAGUUGCAUGUAGCUGAAAUUACAGUGUUUCCUAACUUAAUACCCAAGGUCAUGUUGCCAUUGCCACUCAGUAGAUGGCACCAGAUCCCCUUUUUCCAAUGAUUGUAUUUUACAGCAAACCUUUCUUGUCCCUAAGUUGAUUUCCCAAGACUGAUAAGUAUACAUGCUUAUUUCUGUUGUGAAAAGCAAAGCAAAGUGAUUUAGCCUUCCAUUUUGAUAGAACAUUGUAUGCCAGAAAGUGUAAUUUCCCUGUAAAAUCAGAAUUGCAAAAAGUGCUAUUUAUUUUUCAGUGUUGAAAAAAUUUUAUUACAGUUCUGUAAGUGAGGUUGCUUUUAUAAGUAAAUUAUUUUGUCUGAUAAAAUAAAUUAAAAAGUGUGUUAAGGUUUUAAAGAUUUAAAACCAAACUAUAGAACUAAUUAAUCGUAUUUGGUCUUGGGGUGUUCCUAGCAUUGAUCUUGGAAGUUUGGUUUAAUAGUCAUUUAUUAUGGGUCCCAUGAACUCAGAUGACGUUCAUCAUUGUUUUUAACUCAGGUAGAAUGAAAGGGCAUCAGUUUCCUUUUUAAGAAUAUUCACAUUGUUCUCAUGCUCUGUAAUUCUCUUUGAAGAAUAAAAUUCAGUUCCUACUUGUUAAGUGGAACCAAGUUAGUAAACUAUGUCUCUGCACAUUUCAAACGGGAAGGUACUUAGUUUAUCAAGACAUCCAUCAUUUCUAUUCUAUUCUAAGUACCAAUGAGGAAUACCACAGUACAGUGCUUUGAAUUAUGUACGAAUAUCACUCAGGCAUGGGAUUUUGAGCAACUUUUUGAAAAAUGCGACUUAAAUGUUAGAUUAGGCCGUAACUUUGGUAACUGACAAGUAUAUAUUUCCCAGUAUCUAGGGGGAAAUUUUUUUGUAGGCGUCUUAUCAUUGUCUUAUAGGUUCCCAGGAAACUCUUAGUCAAAGGCCUUCACUCUUUAUAUGAUGUCCUCUCCAUAUCUUCAUUUUAGUAGUAGUGGCCCCAGAUUGCUGACAGUAUGUGCAUCACACUGCAAAUAGUUUAUAGUAUAUUUCUUAGUAUAAGAUUUCUCAUUUACCAAACUUAAUAGAAACCACUUUCAUAAAACUUACGAAAUUUUUGUUAGACAUCUUUCAGAAAUGCUCAAGAUACCUGAGGAUCAUGUGUGAAAAUACUCACUAUGGGACUGUUCUGUACCACCUGGUCAUCCUGCAUUGCUGCACUCUCUUAAAAUGCUUGUUUGUGAACUAACUGGUCCUGGACCACCUCUGGCUUUGUAGAUCUAGCUGCCCUCAUGGAAUUCCAAACAUCAGUGCCUUCUUUUCCUUUAUUCUCAUUUGAGUUCAACAAAUGAAGUUAAGAGUGACUACAAA